AAGUCUACCUUGAAUAUGUGGAGAAAGAACGCGGCGUUGCGCGAAACUCUCACCGGCCUCUUGCUGCUGGCUACGUUUUGCGAUGCCCACCAAUGUAAGUAGUAACCAGUAACCACAGGGAGUCACAGCACCGCACCGCACUGCACUGACUAAAACGAGCCCUCGCGGUGUUACAGACUCGUUCCACUUCCUUAGCAGAUUUUUCUGGUUUGAACUCGAUUCAUAUCUACGUAAAGUUGCACUGGAUUCCACGUUUCCAUGUCACCGUUUACCAUCGAGACGUUGUCUUAUGGGAUUGUGAAGACCUAAAUAUUGGAUAUUCCUAAAUAAUAUGAAACUAUUUUAUAAUGCUGCAAUAUCACACAAAGUCGGUAAAGCAUGGUCCAUUUGCUAUGCGAUGUUAGUCUUUUGACGCAAAAACGUCGUUAAGUGCCACCAUUAUGGUUAAAGACCGCUAAACGUUUUUUUUGCGCGUUGGUGUUGCCAGUCCCGGCGUCGCCAGAAACUUCGCUGCUGUGGCUUAACUGAAAACCAGCACGUGGUGUCACGGUAAAUCCCUGCGUAAACGGACGUGCUUAAUCUGGUCAAACCUGUAUGCAACUUUCUCCUUUUCUGUUUCAUGUGCCUGUUUAUUCCCUUGUUUCAGCUACAGUGAGAUGCCGAAGAUCAUAUCCCCUUCCCUAUAAACCUGAAAUUUUUAUUCUCGCAAAAGCUUGCAAUUUGUAAUCGUAUGCGAAUCAAUCUUAGUUCCGAAACCCAGUCCUUUUCUCCGUCAGACCAGCUGUUUUCUAUACGUUUAAAAACAGCAUCGUACUGUAAAAAUAAUCCCCCCGUGGUUUUUCGAGUCCUGGCGCAGAGCAAGGCAUCACAGUUUCUAACGCGGCAUCGCCGGGCAAACUCGUUGUUUGAAGAAAGAAAAAAGGGCAACUUGGAGAGAGAGUGCGUUGAAGAAUUGUGCAGUAAAGAGGAGGCACGGGAGAUCUUUGAGAACAUCGCUGAAACAGACUACUUCUACCCAAAAUAUGUUGAGUGCCUGGGCUCUCAUCGUGUAGGUAUAACCAACUCGGGUGCUGAUUCUGAGAUUCUUCAGGACCUCCGCAGCUGUGUGAAAGAAAUCACGGACCAGUGCCAGCCUCUGCCCUGCCACAAACAUGGGUAUGAACGUUGCUUGGACGGCCAUGCCACUUACACCUGCAUGUGCAAGCCCGGCUGGACAGGCAUGCACUGUGAAGAGGACAUUAAUGAGUGCGAAGAUCCAGAGUUCCUCGCUGGUUGUAACCAUAAGUGCUUUAACGUACCUGGGAGUUUUCGUUGCACAUGUGAGGAUGGGUUUUACCUGAAGGACAACAUCCACUGUUUAGAUAUUAACGAGUGCAGACUUUACCCCAGCAUCUGUAAGGAGCCGGCCAAAUGUGUCAAUACGCCAGGCGCGUAUGAAUGCCAGUGCCCCAAAGGAUACAAGUAUAACUUUACCUCCCAUGAGUGCCAGGACCUGGACGAGUGUGAGCAGAACAUCUGUGAGUUCGACUGCACUAACACACUGGGCAGCUACUCGUGCCAGUGCGACGGGCGUGUGGGCCUUAAGCUGUCCGCUGACGGGCACACGUGUGAGACCAUCCCUGUGUGUGUGCCACUCUAUGACCACAAGCACGGGGAGAUGCUCUACCUGGGUGAGCAGUUCACCGGGGGGCCGGUCAUCUACCUGCGCUUCCGCCUGCCUUUGGAGAACAGCCGGUUUGCCGUGGAGUUUGACUUCCGGACGUUCGACCCGGAGGGCGUAAUGCUGUACGCAGAGUCGCUGCAAGAUUCGUGGUUCAUGUUGGGCCUGAGGGGCGGCCGCAUCGAGGUGCAGUUGAAGAACCAGCACUCUGUCAAGGUCACCAGCGGAGGCAGAGCCAUCAACGACGGCCUAUGGCACGUGAUCUCUGUGGAAGAGCUGGAGAAGAGUAUCAGCGUGAAGCUCAGCAAGGAGGCGGUGCUGAGCAUCAGCAGUCCGGGGAGCCUCUUCGGCACCACCAGCGGCAAGCUGGACACCAAGGUUUACAUUGCUGGCUUGCCCAACCGUAACACCAGCCUCAUCAAGCAGAUCAACCCCAGGUUAGACGGCUGCAUCCGUGGCUGGAAUCUACUAAACCAGGGCACCUCCGGGGUGAAGGAGGUCAUCCAAGAGAAGGAGAGCAAACACUGUUUCGUCUACGUGGAGAGGGGCUCCUUCUUCACGGGGGCUGGGCCUGCCUACUUCAACAUCGACUACAGCAGAGAUGGGCAGUGGACAGUGGAUGUAGAGAUGGGCAUUCGUCCAUCCAGCAGCACGGGUGUUCUGUUCACCCUUGUUACCAACAACACUGUGCCCCUCUCAGUCACCGUGGUAACUCAGGGCUCCAUCGAUGCAGACCUGCAGGUGUUUUUGGACGGCAUUCUCGUGGCGACGCUCCAGUCACUGAUGCUGUGCUAUCCGGAGCACUUGGUGGUGAGAAUGCAAGUGACCGCGAACAGCCUCCAGCUCUCUGCCAACUCCUCCAAAGUGUCGUAUGCCGAUGCCGAGCUUCUGGGCCAGGCACUGGCUACGCUCAACACCACCAUGCAGCAACCAGUGGACACCUACAUCGGGGGACUGCCAGAUCUUCCUCUCUCCGCUACGCCAGUCUCAGCCUAUUACCACGGCUGCAUCAUGGAGAUCCGCGUGAACAAGCAUCUGCUCGACUUUGACGAAGCCGUCAGCAAGCACAACAGCAUCAAGUCUCACUCCUGCCCACCCGUGCAUCCUCCCGAGCCCCCCGGCAGCGGGCCUGGUCCUGCCCCAGCCCGGAAGUGACGGGACCAGCACGGGCGCAGUGGAGAACGCCUGCGUACCUGCCCUUAUUGCUGUCUGUCCGGUUGUGAGAGGAGAUGGUAAAAGGGAGAGAGAGAAAAAGAAAGACAGACCCAAAAAGGGGGUCUGGAGUUUUCCCUCUUUUCCUUUUUGUGGAUUUUAUUACACAUGCCAUAUUGAGAACCCUGUGAAUAUUAAUGAUACACGCUGUUAUCCUGAAGCUGUUGAAGGGCAUUUCCUUCUGUAUAUUUCCACUGUUUUAAAGAAAUAGCAGUUGACGCAAUAUGGAGCUGAGCUCUGAUUGGUUUAGAAUAUGUGUUCCGAUUGGAUGUACAGAAUAAGACAGAUCCAAUUUAAGAUUUCUUAAAUAGGAUCACCCAACUUUCUAUUUUUAAACGAGAUGAAGAAUAGUCCUUUUUACACAGAUCAGUGAGAACACAAAACUUAGUUGGCUAGAAGUGUUUACCAUGUACUGUGUAAACAAACAAGUUUCUGUUGUGCGUUUUACAGGUUAUAGUGGAUUUAGUGGUAAAAAUCUAUUGUGAAUUGUAAUAAAGUACGAAAAUCCAAUGUUUCCAGAAAAA